AUGGACGUUCCCGCCCCACGAAGCAUUCUGGGAGCCAUUGGACUUUUCCUCACACUUGCGGUUGUCGUGGUACGUCGAGGUGGUAUUCCUCCCAAAGAUCUGUACUAAUCGUUUGUUUAGGGAACAGUUUAUACUAUUGGACUUGUAAGUACUUUGAAAUCCAUUUUGACGACCUCUCUCACACUCCAUAAAAGGCAAUAUACCGAGUGACACUCGAUCCACUAGCGAAAUUCCCCGGCCCCAGGGUGAAUGCAAUAAGUCCAAUACCUGGAAUCAAAGCUCUCCUUCGAGGACGAAUUGCCUUCGAAAACAAACUCCUCCACGAUAAACAUGGUCCAGUUGUAUGA